AUGGCAACUGGGAAAGAAAAUUGGGACAGGUCUGUUGCUAUGUUGAAGACAGACUUCAAGAAAUACGCAACAAAACAAUGGCGCGACAUCCGGGCACCAUUAUCAAGGCAUGCGCAAGAGGAAGCCCCAAAAGAGCAGGAGCAAACACAUCUUGCACUUGGCCAGCAGUUCGGCCCUUUUCAGUAUUCAGCCAUCCCAAACAAAGGUUACAUCAGACUUCUUGAACUUAUGCCGGGCCAAGAGAACGAGCCGAUUCAGAUUCAAUUGUCCACCGUCGGUCUAGACGACAGUAUUCAGACGUACGACGCACUCAGUUAUGUGUGGGGAGACCCAGAUCAGCCGAGAAGGGCCAUCUCUGUGAAUGGUGGCUAUAUGGAAAUUUACGAAUCACUGCACGCCAUCUUGCUUAGCCUUCGAACCAACCCCGAGUCUGUAGCCACCUCUCAGGUUGACGAGAGAUGCGUCCUAUGGGUUGAUGCAAUCUGUAUCAACCAGACAGAUAUGGCGGAACGGGGCGCCCAAGUACCCAUCAUGGACAACAUUUACAGAAACGCACGUCGCACCGUGAUAUGGCUCGGACCCGAAACGAAAGAAACCGAUCAUAUUUUUGAGAUACUGGACCAUCUCGCACGGGAUGCAAAUACAACCACCUUCGAUGCAAGCCUUAGCGACUUCAUCGAUGAACAGGCGACCCUGCCAAUCACUCUUAUACAGCUUAACAAGACCCCGCUUGUACAAAGCCCUGCCCGAGAACUGUACGCCGGCGACUCAAAGAUCUGGGGUAUCCUAACGUGCACGUGGUGGUACCGCUCCUGGACCCUGCAGGAGAUCCUACUUUCCACCAAUAUCACUCUAGUCAUGGGACGUCACAAUAUCGACUGGCAGAAUCUCUGCGCCGCUGUUGACCACGGCCUCAGGAUGCGCCUCUGGAACAUGUUAGCAUCAGGGACUUUUAUUAACCCCAACAUACUACCUUACUUCACAAUCAGAGCUUUGCAGGGACGCUUGGGCCUGUAUGAGUCCACACAUCAUGGUUCUCGAGCUGAACAUGGACCAGGAAUUCUCCUUACGUUACUAGAAGGUUGUCGACAAAGAGAAUCCAAAGACCCUCGGGACAAGAUUUACGCAGUUUCAGGCAUCCUGAAAACUAUUCAGAGACUAAGUUCAGCUGCCGAUGCCGUGAAUUGGGUAAGAAUCGAUGCGGAUUACGCCAGCCCCGUCGUAUUUGUGUAUAGGAUGAUGUCGCAACAGCUUAUCCUGACGACAGGAACCUUGGAUGUUCUCGGGAUAUGCCCCAGGUCGUCCAGGAGGGGCUUGCCUUCAUGGGUGACGGACUGGAGUAACUCAUCCUCCAUGGCUGUACCUUUGUCCCGCGACUCGCUGGACCGGCCGCGGCGGACGCACGCGGCACGCGGCACUCCUGCCAACGCGCGCUUUCCCGAAGACGCUGUGACCCUUGUACUCCGUGGCCACGAAGUGGCAACGGUUUCAGAGAUUUCCAAAAGUAUCCCUCGAUGGGAUCACACCAAGUUGGACACGACUGAGGAGGAGCCGAAGGACCAACGAUGGGCAAGGCUCCGUGCUGAGGCUGCAGCGAAUGGAGAAGAGGAGCCAUCCCGCUUCGCUCUCAGAAUGACCUACCUCAAAAACUCGAAGGAGGACUUCAAGAGCAUCUUUACCGAGCUUGCUCAGCACUGGCACGCCAUCAUCCAAUGGGAGCGAUUUGCCGCCCGGAGAAAGCCGACCAACCCGUGUGGCCUAGACGCCGAAGCAGCAGCGGUCUACUGGAAGACGCUGUGUGCCGGCACGUACGACCACGAGAACCCGGCCGCGACGGAGGAGCUGUAUCACAAGUGGUCGCGCAGCCUGGACGUGUUGCGGAAGAACGAGAGCCGGUACGGGUCUCUGGGUUACGGCCUUCACCCGCUCGCGUAUUUCUUGCAGUCCUGGGACGAAGGGUUCCCUGAAUUCGCGCUCUAUUGUGAAUGCGCUAUCGAGCGGCGGUUAGGAUGGUGCGAAAACGGGUGGCUGGCGCUGCUGCCCGAGGCGACGUGCAAGGGCGACAAGAUCGUGCUGGCCGAGGGCGGCAGGGUUCCCUUGGUGCUCAGGCCCAACGGCGAUGGGUAUAAUACCUUUGUUGGCGAGGCUUACGUCCAUGGUAUCAUGAACGGGGAGGCCUUUGACCAAUCGCAAUGUCAUGACAUCAAGAUCUGCUAG